GGUUGUGUGAUGACGUGUCAUGACUUCGAACCCCGUUCAAAGAUGCCCGGCCAUUCUGAGGGUGAACCAAAAGCUUGAUGAUGUAAAAUUAUCAACCUUUAACUACGAGAGACAGAAAGACAAAUGCAUUUCAAAAGACAUGUUACUGGUCUAAUAUUUUGUUUAUUUUAUGUAGUAUCGUAUUUCACGAAUAAGUAUGUCCUGUCUGUCUUGAAAUUUACAUAUCCAACCCUAUUUCAGGGAUGGCAGACUUUUAUUGGGGGCCUGCUGCUUCUGCUCUCUGGGAAACUUGGAUUGGUGGAUAUAAGUGGCUUUCCCAGGUCAGCAGCACUUUCCUGGCUUCCGGGAUCCUUCCUGUUUGUAGGGAAUAUUUAUGCAGGGUCCAGAGCUCUUUCACGCUUGCCUAUCCCUUUCUUCUUCACUCUUCACAAUGCUUCUGAAGUGGUGAAUUGCCUGAUCCUGAAGUUAACCCAGAUGGAGCAAAUUCCAUGGAUGAAGCUAUUAAGUGUGAGUCUGCUGUUGAUGUCGGCCAUCAACCUCCCCCUCUAUGACCCUCAGUUUGACCCUGGUGGUUACAUGUGGGCCCUGGCACAUCUCUUCUGUGUUGGUGCCUAUAGAGCGUUCCAGACACACUUCAAGUCCAGUCAUUUGAGUGACCUUGAACAACAAUACAUCAACUAUUUGUUCAGUGUGUUGCUGUUGGCCUUUGCUGCACACCCUACUGGUGACCUAUUUGGUGCCUUGGAAUUCCCUUUCCUCCUGUCCCCAAGAUUUCACGGUGGCUGUUGUGCCAGUGCCUUGUUGGGUUUUUUCUUGCUGUUGGCAUCAGUCAAACUAAAGAGUGGUUUACCCCUUGAGCACUGCGGGGUCUGGCUCUUUUUGUCCAAGGUGUUUGCCACAUGCCUAUCCCCACUUGUUUUUAACAUUGAAGUUAACAUGCCAUCUUUCUGCUGUGUUUUCUUCAGCCAUGUUGGAGAAGCCCUGCUGGUGUACUCUGAAAGUACUUCCCAAGUGCGAUGAGACCUUUGCGAAAGAAACUACUUCUACCUCACUAAAUGUUUCAACGAGUUUACUUGCACUCAAUUUCCCAGUGAUAUUUUUUUGCUUUUGGAACAAAUAUCACAAGAAUGUAUGCUUCAAUUGAGAUUCUUUUUCAUUUACUAUGCCUUUUCUACAACUUGCUGUAAAGCAGAAAUAAAGAUUCUAUAUAUUUCCAUUAAAA